CGAGCCAUAAAUGGAAGAAAACGGGACGUGCAUUUCUCCAAGACACUCUUCGAAUUUUACAAAAAGAUUUCGAGCGCAUAGCGACUCCAUAGAUAUUAAUUGAUGAAGUAAACGCAAGUAACGCCAUAUUUCGCUAGACACAGAGCAAGAAAAAGAAGAAUGGAACCUUCUUCAAUGGUGGAACUCCCUGCAUAUGAAUUUCCUCCACCCUUUGUUCCUAAAAAUGAGCGGCCUCAUCACCCAGACUACAACAAUGACCUGCAGCUAUUUCUUGUAAGGACGGUGACCCUUAUACGAGCAAAAGUAUCCGAUGCUCUUGGCUUCAACAUUCGAGGUGGGAAGGAACAUUUUUGUGGCAUUUUCCUCUCCAAAGUGAUGCCUAAUACAGAAGCAGAGAGACUAGGGUUGCGAGAAGCGGACCAGAUUAUUUCUGUGAAUGGAACAAAUUUCGAGGAUAUUGAGCAUGCCAAAGCUGUACAAAUUCUCAAGUCCAACACAGAGAUAGUUAUGCAGCUGCGGUACUUUCCAUAUGGCUACAAAAAGACAUAUGAGAAAGUUCAAAAUGCUAACAUGGGUAGAGCUUCCAGUUGACAAAGUACUCCCUUUGCAAAUGAUAUAGAUAACAUUUCAUAGAUUUAAAAAAAAAUAAUGAUGAUAGAUAAAUGUAAGUGACAGCUGCUCAACAGAUAUAAUCAAGAAGACCAUUAAAAAAACAAACUAAAAACAGGAUUAAAAUGGCAUUUUGAUUUUGGAUUUACUCAUAAUCUUGUUCAUUAUAUUUUUAUAUAUUUUUAGAAAUGUUUAAUUACUUUAAUUACCAAUGAAAGAUCAAAAAUGCAUUAAAAGUACCUGAAAUUGCUUUUUUACUUUUGUUACAAGGGACUAAUUUUUGUUAGCAAUAGGCCCCCAAAAAGAUAUAUGUAUGUCCAUGGUUUUCUGUUAAGUCUAUUUUUAGUGAAUUGCCAUUAAGUGUUGACUCAGAGUAAAACCUUUCCAGCACAAAUCAUUUUUUACACUUGUAUUGAAAAAAAUUUAUAAAAGUACAUGAAAAGGUUAUAUAUAUUCUGUCCUACUAAAUCUAAUUUUGAAAGCAAGUAGAGCCCUGCAUAUAUAUUAUGAUAGAUA